AUGGGCGAUCAUGACCUCCGAGAUGAUUUCUAUGAAACAUGUGUGUGCCAAACUGCUCAGAAAUUCUUGGACAAACGCUCCGAGGUAGAGGCCAGUUUCAGUGAUAUUUGGAACCAACAGUUGGACAAGCUUCCUUCAAACUGGACAGCCGAAGACAUUUACAACGAGAAGUGCGAGGUUUGGCAGUUCCUCUGCGCCUGCCUGUACGAGGAAUGUCCUCUAACUGGGGAGCGGUUGCAAACUCAAACUCAAGAAACAGCUCAGAAGUUCGGAUGGGUCGAGUACACUAUCCUCGCAGUCUGCGCGGCGAUCUUCGUCAUAGGAAUCAUUGGAAAUGGACUGACUCUAUUAGUACUUCUUAAAACUGGAAAGUGGCGCAAAAAUACAACGAAUCUUCUUAUUUGGUCCUUGUCUAUUGCUGACUUUUCUGUUGUUUUAUUCAUGGCCAUUUUCAAAUGCAAUGUGCAAAUCAUUUCAUUUCUUCAUUUAUCUCAACCUUUGUGCGUCGAACUAUUUGAUGCUGAUAAUGAGCAGCGAGAGAUUCUUCGCGAUCGUCUUUACUAUGCGAUUUCUUCGGUUCAAGUCACGCACAGCCGCAGUCAGAGCAAUCGUGGCGGCGUGGACGGGCGCCAUUAUCACAUCUGCUCCAGUUUUAUGGCGAUGGCUUUAUCAAAUUACGGAGAACAGAACGCGCUGUCGUGUAUUUUUAUUUACUCUUUGGGAUCAGAAGAGUUUGGAAACCUCUCAAUUUGCUCGCUUGGCGAUCUCUCUCAAGCGAGCCACGUGCAGGUUUACCGUAUCUUGCUCAUCGUCGUCACUUUCAUCCUCCCAGCCGGAACAGUAACUGGUCAGGCAUUUGCCAUUUCAAGCUAUCUAAGAAGGCAGCCUCUGGGAUACACAGAAAAGACUCAACGACUGCGGGUGAAGGUGAUGCUUAUGACUGUUGCUUGCUGUGCUCUUUUCAUCGUCUUUUGGGCACCUUAUCACGCCAAUCAAAUGCGAAUAGUCCUUGACUACUACAGCAAUAAUGGCGGCACAAUAAAUGGCAACGACUUUGUCUACGAAGUGGUGUCGAAGCUUUUUUCUCUCGGAAAUUCAAUAAUCAAUCCAUUCAUCUAUUUUUCUGUGUCGGAGAGUUUCCAGCUUGAGCUUCGAAAACUUUGCGGAGGGGAGCCGGAAAUUUCAGCCGAGUCUACCAACCAACAAAGCCUUUCCAACGAAUCUUCCGGAUUCAAUAGGAGUGUCCAUAUAGACAACAAUGCAGGGUUCACGCGCAGCUCCUCCUGGAACCGUUCAGAGCGGCUUCAUUCAGCCCGAUCAAAACUCAGAACUGAGCGAAACUGCGCGAGCCCGUGA